UUGGCAUUGUUACAAAAUUGUAGUUGUAAGCUUAUUAGAUAAUAAAAUGAAAUGAUGAACGAUCCGUGGCGGGAAAUCGGCUUUGUCAGCACCGGAAAGCCAAAGAAACAUCUGCCAGUAAUUCAGAUGAAAAAGCGCAUUAAAAAGUGCAGGAACAUCUUCAAGCAACGACAAAAGGAAUUAAUACUGCUUCAUUUAAAAAAUCGCAUCAUGUACUUAAUUAUCGAAAAUCUCUUUUACCGAUUAGCAAAAAAAAAGCCCAAGAAAAGGGUUCAGAAGCUUAAAGUAGUAACUAAGUGACAGGAUUAUGAAAAUUUGAAAUAAUCUUUCCUUGGGCAGCAGCCACAAAAUCAUUUUCAAACUCAGCUCAAUAAAAAUCAAAGCCACUGAGGAAUCUUCGCGUUGGACACUCGUGCACAGAGAAUGCUGGGAGACCAAACCAAAUGGAAAGUUUCACAGAAUUAAUAAAUAUUUACAGGCACGUCGCGUCCUCUUCAAUGGAAUGGCCUACUGGGCAGUUCGAGUCUCAGUUUUGGCAAUGAAAUCAAAUCAAAUAUGCGCGCUGACGCUUUAUAUAUCGCACCGAGGAGGCAGCAGCAGCAUCGUUCGCUUUGGUGUGCUCACAAGAAUUUAAAUCAUCCGACUUACAUGCUACUUACAAGCCAAAGCGCCUAUAUGUAUGCCCCAUAAAAUGUGAGCAAAACCGAGUGCAGAAUGGGCAAGUGGAAAAAGUCAGACGGAUCACUGAAAUUUAUUUUUAUAAUUUUCUGGACUUAGAAAUUACCCAUGUUAGAAAAUUCUAAAAAGGGUAAUGCUUAGCCCAGACUUAAAAACUCUGAUCUAAAUAUUUCCAUUUUACAAUUUUCUAAAAAUGAACUUAAAAUUUUUCUAAAUCUCAAAAAUAAAUUCUUUAUAUUUAAUAUACGUA